CCUAAAAAGAAUUUGCUCAUCUGGGCUCUACAUGUAAGAGGAACCCUGUUCCUGAUUCCUGAACAAAUUCAAAUUUGAAGUUUACCACAAAUUCAACUCCAUAUUACACAUAACCGUUUUCUUCACCCACUCCCUCUCUCUCUCUCCAAAUUUCUCUCUCUCACUUAAACACAGAGCAAAAUCAAUGGCGGAAUCAGCUUGUUUAAGGCGGUCAUUUUCUCAACCUUCAGAAACCCCCCAUGAUUUUUCCGAGGGAGAUCCAAUUCGUGCACUAGGAGACUCUAUAUCAUUUGGAAGAUAUAUGUCGGAGAACUUGGCUUGGGAGAAAUGGUCGACUUUUUCUCACAAUCGUUAUCUAGAAGAAGCAGAAAAGUCUUCCAAACCUGGAUCUGUCGCCAAGAUGAAAGCUUAUUUUGAUGCCCAUUAUGGGAAGAUUGGUGCCAAGAAGCAGGUAGCCCCAGAGCAGGCAAUUGAUGAUUCUGGUUUUGUUGAAUCAGAAAUUGUCUCCAGCUCGAGCUCGAGCUCACCUGCAUUGAACCCAGAAAUGGCAUUUCCCAUUAUUCAUUCAACUACCAAUGAACUUCGAAGAAGCUUGAGCUCACCUGCACUGAUUCCGGAAACAGCACUUCCGAAUAUUUGUUCAACUGUUGGAGAAUCUCCAAGGAAUGGGGAUAGGAACGAUAUCCCCAAUGUGGAGACUCUUCUGAGUGUCAUUGUCAGUUCAUGUGAUUCUUCUAAAACCAAAGGAUCACAAAACGAGGAGGCCAGUAUUGUGGAAUCAAGUUCGAGUAUUGAUCGCAAUGAGUGCCCUCCUGAGGUUCAAGUUUACCAAUGUGAAGAUGCAGAAGAAAAUGAUUGCAUCACUAAGAGUUGUAUUGAGAUCAAGGUAAACCCGUCCACAGAUGCAUUGGAUAGUGGUAUUAUUCUGACCACCCCAGAGAGGGAGGUGACUAUUGAGAAAGAAGCAAAAAAGGAUAAUUUGGAACCAAGAAGCAAGCAGAAACCAGCAGAUUCAUCACUGAAAACUUCAAAAAAGAGCAAUCUGUCAAAGUUAUCAUCCUCUCUUGCUAGGCUUGCAUCUCCAGUUCGGCCUAAAAAGGAAUCAUCUUCUCUUGCUAGGCUCGCAACUCCAGUUCAGCCCAAAAAGGAACCAUCCUCUCUUGCUAGGCUUGCAACUCCAGUUCAGCCUAAAAAGGAACCAUCCUCUCUUACUAGGCUUGCAACUCCAGUUCGGCCUAAAAAGGAAGGCAGUGGCACGUUUAGCAAUCAUAAGUCAACAAAAGAGUCUGUUGAGAUGAAGAAACCAAGUUUGAAAUUGGUUCAAAUGUCAAUCAAUGCUAAUUCCGAAGUCAAAGUAAUGAAGAAAUCUACUCCAGCUUCCCCUAAAACUGGAAUAGGAAAGGUCUUUACUCCUCUGGGCAAGAUGAUAAGACAAAGCUUUGCCCACACACCAGCUCCAAGUACUAGUAGGACACCCGCAAACAGCGUUUCACGACAUCCGUCUGCAACUCCACAGUCAGAAACUAGGAGAAGCAGGAUAGCUCUUGAGAAGUCAUUUGCUAGUAAUAGAUCAUUGGACCAGAAAUUGCAGUCACCCUCUGUUAGGAAUAUGAAAUCUCCUGCACAAUGUCCUGUCACAUUCUCUCCUUUCAGUUUUAGAACUGAAGAAAGAGUAGCAAAACGUAGAGAGUUUUUUGAAAGGUUGGAGAAGGAAGCAGAAAAUCGGAAGAUCCUUGAUGAUGCUAAGGUGAAAUCAAGAGCUAGUUUCAGAAAAUCAUCUCAAUCCAAUGCUACAGAGGACAUCAGAAGAUCAAUAUUAAGUGAUAAAACAAAGAUUCCUGUUGCACGACCACUACCACCAAAGUCCGAAAGUAAACCUUCUAAUAACUUGGUGCAAGGCAAAAGCUCUCAGCCUCCUCGAAGUAGUGUUGGUUCAAAACCUGCUUCAGCAAACAAGUUGAUUCCAGUCACUGUGCCCGCCAAGAAGAAGAGACAUGAAAAUGCUUCUCCGAACAUCCUUUGAAAAAAAGAACCAGCUGCAAGUUUGCUUUCAAGGUGUUUGCUUUCCACGUUAAGCUGUGUAGUGUAUUCAUUCGCUUGUUGUAAAAGUUUUGACAAUGGGGUAGUUUUGCAGUAUAUUUUUCCAAAGUAUGAACACGGUGCUUGUAUAGCAAGAAGACUGAAGUUGUAGAAACAUUGUCUGUCAGUCUCUGAAGUUGUACCAGUUCAGCUGGAAAUAAAAAAACUAUUAAGAUGAAAGUUUAUCUGUUGUAUGGUAAUUUCAUGCAAUUCUUUUGAUGAAAUGGAAAUCUUGUCCAAGGUGGGAACUUGUAUGGA